AUGGCAGAUAGUAAUCCUGUAAGGAAUCCUAUUGUUCCAGGUACCAUGCUUUCAAAGGAUGACAACGGUGUUGCAGUAGAUGCAACUAAAUUUAGACAAGUAAUUGGAAGUCUCAUGUACUUGACAGUAACUCGACCAGAUUUGAUGUUUGGAAUAAAUCUGAUAAGCAGAUUCAUGGCUAACCCAAAGGAGUCACAUUGGGCAGCAACCAAAAGACUCUUAAGGUAUCUUAAGGGGACCACCGAGUAUGGCUUGUUUUAUAAAAAGGAAGGUAAAACUGGUCUCAUAGCUUACAGUGACAGUGAUUAUGCAGGAGAUUUAGAUGAUAGAAGAAGCACAUCUGGCUCAGUAUUCAUAAUUGGGUCUGCAGCUGUCUCAUGGGCCUCGAAAAAACAACCUGUUGUAAGUUUAUCCACUACCGAGGCAGAAUAUAUUGCUGCAGCUCUUUGUGCAUGCCAAUGUAUCUGGCUCAGAAGAAUCUUAGAACAACUGGGUUCAAAGGAAAAGAAGGAAACUAAAAUAUUAUGUGACAAUAGCUCUACUAUCCAACUGUCAAAACAUCCUGUUUUCCAUGGAAGAAGCAAACAUAUUGCAGUGAGAUUCCACUUUCUCAGAGACUUGGUGAAUGAUCAAGUAGUCAGCCUAGCAUACUGCAGUUCAAAUGAACAGGUUGCUGACAUUAUGACCAAACCUCUGAAACUUGAUCAAUUUGAAAGGAUUCGAAGCAUGCUUGGAGUUAUAAAAGUCACUGAAGUAAGCUAA